AUGGGUCUAACGGAAACGGCAUGUAAUCCAAAAGGUCCAAAACAGACGUGCCGUUUAAUUAAUGAUAAAGAUGGCAAGCAAUACCAGUGCACGUGCCCAGUUGGCUAUACGCGCAAGCCUAAUGAUCACCCCACUGUAUGUUUGAGCACUAAAUGGGAAAUUUUCCAAGGAAAGCCAGUUUGUAAGUGCGAACCGCCAUAUGUUCGCAAUGAUAAAACUUACCUGUGCGAGUUGGGUGCUAUUUGCGGAAAGGGUGGCACCGGGCGUCAAGAGUGUGAAAAACAGAAUGCAUACUGUUUGCUCGAAAGUGGCGGUUACAAUUGCAAAGCAUGUCCGAUAGGUACAUUCCCGGACCAGUCGACUCCACAGAAAUGUGUCCCCGGGUGUCAACAAAACUACCGCGAUGAAAAUUGCCAAGAAAUUAAUGCCGUUUGCAACCCGUCCAUGAAUCCGAAUGAUGCCGCUAAACAAUUACUGAGCGAUUUUUGCAUAUGUAAGCCUGGUUUCUUAAUGAACACUAAAAAUCAGCGGUGUAUUGCCACAAAAAUGGCAUGGACAUUUAACUUGAAAGUGCUGGACAAGUUUACAUCUGGAGAUCUUAAUAAGCGAACCGUAAUUAACCUAGUGCCUAAAGAAAUGCAGUUGCUUAGUCAAAUUGACUUUCCCAAAUACGACAACGAAUAUAUGGACUAUGAUGGUUAUUUCAAAGACUUCUAUUCGUCAAACGAGUUGAACACGGCCAUAGAGAAUACAUACUACGUGGAUGCUGUAAAUGCAGAAUUACGUAGGGAAAUCGAAAAUCUGGUCAAAACCAUGUUGGCCGGGCAGGACAAACGAAUGGUUAUCGACACGCUCACCCUGAACAUGGUCAAUAAAACGGGUGAUUACUAUGAUUGCACAUUUUCGGUUCAAGGCACUAAAGAUACAAAGGAUAUGAAGGCAAUCGGCAACGAUAUCUUCAAAGAAUUUUGUCACUCCUUCCAACAGGCAAAAGAUUGUUUCGUAGCCGUCACGAGCGCACCGGCACCUAACGAACCCGAUAUUAAAACUCUUAAUACAAUUAAAUGA